GUAUCACACAGUCACACAUCUAAUACACCAGCUAAUGCAUUACACACAUCGUAGGACAAAGAGCAUCUCGUCUCAUCUCACAAAGAUGUAAUUAUCUUUUGGUUAUGUGGAGUACUGCUGGAAAACAUGGUUCUGUUUUAAAAUUUUGUACCUAAAUCAAUUAUACAACUGCACAUUUAUUUUUAUAUUUUCUUGGGGAAUGCAAAGUAGAACAGAGACAUUUUUUUAGCAGAAGAAAAAAAUACUGUGUUGGAAAGCCACAAAAAUGAAAUCCUGUAGAGGGUUCACACUCAUCUUGCUGGGGCUGUUUUUCCAGGCUUCAUCUACAGCAAAUACAAAGUCUUACUACUUUAAGCUUUCUAUAGAGUCAAGUGCAUUCAACAAUUUCACUUCGCUGCUUAAAGACAUGACGAACUUCACUGUCGAAAAUGCCACAGUAACAAGUGUCACCAUAACAACAGACUGUCAAGACAACGUCUGUACCUGCUCAGGAAACUACAGUUGGAGUACAGAUGUAUGUAAAAUGCAGCCUAAGUGCUGCCAUAAGGACACAUGUGCAAAUAUCCCUUCUGGUGCUAUGUGCUACUAUAAAAACAAAGUGAUUGUUGAUGGGUCAUUUACCAUUCAAAAUGAAAAACUCUCUGAUGGGCUAGAGAAAAAGCUUACCAAAACUAUGAUUUCUAUUUACAGCAAUAUGAAGUGGUUUGAUUACCUGAGUAUUACAAGCCUCAGGUCCGGUAGUGUCAAAGGAGACUUUGUAAUGCUAAUAAAUGGUCCAUUUAAUAUGACUGAAUUUGUGGAGAUGACAGAGAAUGUGUCAAAUGCAACAGGAGCCAAUCUCAACAUUAGAACCACAGGUUUUAUAAAAAUCGAAGUUCCAGAUCAAGUUGGUUAUCAUGACUCUGCUAACAUCAAAUGCACCUCACCAAAGCAACUAGAUUAUGUAAAGUGGUACAUAAAAAGAGAUGCACAAAGCCAACAACGUGUCACUAAUGGCACUGAAGCUAAUGUGUCUCAGGAUUUGCAAAGCAGCACGGUUCAAGUUAAAAAAACCUCAGAAGUCUGGAAAGGGACGUUUAUAUGUGAAUACACAGCUACACCGUCUAGUAACAUAAUACACACAGCAAGUGCAUAUUUGGAUGUUGCCCUUUUGCCCCAAAUCAUUAUCACCAGUGACCCACAAUUCCCAGAUUGUAGAAGUCCCAGAGAGUUUAAUGUUAAGAUUAUGUGCAUCAUAGACAACAGCACAGAAACUUACAAUGUUACCUGGUUGCCAGGAAAUUCUCAAUUGAAGAAACCAAGUUCUGGAGAGAGUACUAUAACCUACACUCAUGAAAUCUCUAUUGACUGUUCACUUACCAAGAGAGAGUAUGAAGCUACAUGUACAUUUAAAAAUAGAGUAGAAAACACAAUAAACGCCACUGUUGUGAUACCAGUCAUUUUUGGUGACUCAGUUGUUUGCGAAAAGAAUGAUAUCUGGCCAGAAGCAGUAGCUAAUUACAGUGCCAGAUUGCAAUGUAAUUCUAAUGAAGUUGGUUUUCAAUCAAGAGAGUGCACAGGAUCCACAAAGGGGGUUUGGGGGACAGUAAUCUAUCAAUGUGUAAGCGCAGACAUAUGGGAGCUGCUAAAUGAAGCUGAGAAUCUUGAGAGAGGACAUGGGCUUGUUGAAGACAAUGUACAUCAUAUUUUGGACCUUUUAAAGAAGAAGAGUGAGCUUCAGGAAAUUAAUACAGCUCCAAAUAUUAAUGCAUCUGUGAAUGUCUUUUCUACCCUACAUAAUGCUUCCGAAACACAAGAGGCUACAUUCAAUAAGUCUAUAAUCACUGAUUUUAUGAAGUCUUCAAGCAAUCUUCUGAAUGACAGUUUAUUAUCAAAUUGGAAAUCAUCUGUCAAGGAAGAUAAUUACAGCUUGGCUGUUAAAUAUUUAGAAUCUUUUGAAGGAAUUGUAACUCGAAUUAAAACAAAUUCCAUGGACAAACGACACAAUGAAGAAAAUGUACAAUUAAUAAUAUGUAACACAUCUGUGGAAGCAUGCGAUCAUGGCUUCAACGUCACUUUUUCAAAUAAAAAAGAAGAGAUAGUUUAUCAAGCUAAGAUCAAGAAUCUACCCAGGCUCCUGCCAAACUUUCAGGACAGUGAUCCAAGUGAAUUUAUAUUGUCAGUCACUGCUAAAAGUGCAGGCGAAAUCUUAAUGAUGUUUCCAGUCCAGAGAGUUCCAAACCACAAAAUAUUCUGUGUCUAUUUUAAUUUUACAAACUCUACAUGGUCUGAUGAAGGUUGUGAAUGGGGUGGUCCACAUAACCCAAAUCUCUGUAAAUGUGAUCACUUGUCUUCAUUUACAUUUCUAAUGGCUAGAACAGCUGUAAAACUAAAGUACAUGGAUGAACUAACUCAUACAGGUUUAGGGUUCUCAAUUUGUUCACUUGUUCUAUGUUUAGUAAUUGAGUUUGUGGUAUGGAACACUGUGGUAAAGUCCAAUAUCUCCCACUUUAAACAUACAGUCUUGGUAAAUCUUUCACUCUGUUUGUUGACAGCACACUGUAGCUUUCUAGCAGCUUCCUUUCCAAAUCCAGCUAUCAGUCAGUGGUGUUUGGCUUUCACGGUCAUGAAACAUUUUUGCUUCCUGGCUGUGUUUUUCUGGAUGUUGUGCAUGAGUAUAGGGCUCCUGCACCAAGUUAUAUUUGUUUUUGUUCAGUUAAGGAAAAAAGUCUAUUUGGGAUUAUGUUUUUCUCUUGGUUAUGUUUGUCCUUUACUUAUUGUCAUAUGUACAAUCAUCACUUAUGACAAUGGAGCUGUUGACUCGUACUAUGUAAAUGAGACGUGUUGGUUAAAAUAUGACCGUGCACUACAUGGGUCAAUCCAUGCCUUUGUUAUUCCUGUUGGUGUAAUUAUUUUUGUGAAUAUGUUCACUAUGGCUGUUGUUAUUAGCAGGCUCUUAAAACCCAAUUUGUCUGAGGGAAUAAGUCAUGAUCAAAAGGAAACUGUAAGAAAUGUUAUUCGAACUAUUGUCCUCCUAACCCCGACACUUGGAACGACAUGGAUCUUUGGCUUCUUUGUGCUAAUGGUUGACCUCACAGACGAUCCUUUAGCCCAGAUUGUAAAUUAUGCAUUUACCUUUUUGAAUUCUUUUCAGGGCUUCUUCAUUUUACUAACAGGAUGUUUUGGAGAGAAAAAGGUUCGAGAUGCACUGCUCAAGCGCAUAAGGCCACAGCAUUCACCACAUUAUCCAAGUAAAAGCUCAAUGUCCAUGACGGCAGCAGUAAAAACAAAAUAACUGAUUUGUUCUACAAAGGCAUAUAUACAAAUGCAAUGUAAUACAGCCAACAAACUUGGGAGGACCACACUGUCAGAAAUAGGGGUACAGUAGGAGUCCAUUUCUGUCCCCCGAGGUACAGUCUACAGUCUGUACCCCCCCGGGUUAUUAUUGGACUUCAAGGUCAAUGUGUUCUUUUUUUAGGGUCAAAAGGGUACAUGUAUGUUCCCAAGUAGUGUAAGAGGUACAAAUAAGUACUUUAGAGGGUACUGCCCCAAUGAUAAGCCAUUGUACUCCUAAAGGUACAACAAUGUACUUUAUUUUCUGAAAGUGCAGACCUGUUUCUUUUAUGAGGACAGUAAUUUAUAACCAGUAUAGUCUUUUCUUUGUCUUCUUUAUUUCUGUGCUGUAGAUUUGUAGAUGAACCUACAUAUAUAAUCGUGUUAAAUGUUUUAAUGUUUUGAACUGUUUUAAAAUAUAGAUUUGUUUAAUCAUCAUUAUGCUUGGCUUGUUAUUCAGCACCUUGAAAUCAUUUUUGUAUUAUAGUUUUUUUUGUUUGUUUUUUUUACUGAGAUCACACUUGUAAACACUUCCUUUCUAUUAGAAGUAAUGCAUUAGUUAUUAGUUACUGUUUAAAAGAAGUGCUGGUAUGCUAUUUUCUUGCAAUACUGAAGCUUAAGUAGAAGAGAAGUAUUAUCAUAGUUAAUAGUUAUUUAAGAAAUAUAUAGUGUCCUUCAGAACUCCCUGUAGAGGUUUUUUUCUUAUUGAUUUGAUUUAAAUAUCUUCUUUCCUUCACAUUAGGGAAAAAAUAUGUACUUUCUUGGAAACAUGCAGUCACCAAAAAAUAAAAAAUAAAACACAACAUAAUUUUGCCAAGAUAAAAGUGUGGCUUAAUGACAACAAGAUAGAAAUCUUAAGGUGAUUUAGUUAUAUCUUUCUGUUAAAUAUCCUUCUUGCUGUAAUUUGGCUUAUUUAUGCAGCAACAGAACCAUAAUUCUGUUGUAUAAAUAUUUUUUUACAUCUUGGUUGGUGUAAGCAAAAUGCCAGUAUACAAAAUGCCAAUGUGUAAUGUUUUUGCAUUUUAUUUAAUGAUAUCAUGUGAUUCCCCCCCCCGACUCAUGGGUUUUGGUUCUUUUUUUAUAUAAAUAAAACAUAACAUUGGCUCUUUUCUUUUUCCUUUUGUUUUUUUCCCUCUUUUUCUUCUUUCAGUCACCACCAGUCAUGUCUGAGUUAAGUCUUUAAGCAGCAUGCACUGACCUUAUGCUUUGUAACAAACUGUCAACUACAUCUUACAUGUACACACUGUGCAAGAAAUUCUGAAGGAAACGCUGCUUAUAAGAAACUGUACACAACACUGCAAAAAAUAAAAAUCUUAGGAAGUU